AAUAAUUCUCAAUACGGUUUACCCUAACAGUCACAACUCACAAGCGCUGCCCCGCCCAAGUAUUUACCCUUCUGAGCAAAACCAAUUCUGUUCCGAACAGAAGCUACCAAAAUCCAAAGCCCGAACCUCAAAAUGUUGCGCCGCUCUGUUUUAUCAAACCUUGCCACGGCGGCGGCACGCCGUUUCUCAACCAUAGCUGCAGCGGAGAACGCCGCCGCAAGUGGCGGAGGUGGAGGAGAUACGCUAGGAAGAAGACUGUUCAGCUUAGUGUACAAAAAACGCAGUGCUGUAAUUGCAAUACAUCAGUGGAAAGAAGAGGGGCGUAAGGUGCAAAAAUAUCAGCUUAAUCGAAUCGUUCGAGAGCUUCGAAAAUUAAAGCGUCACAAACACGCACUCGAGGUUUGUGAAUGGAUGAGACAAGAGCAUGAUUUAAAGCUAUUACCAGGUGAUUAUGCUGUGCAUUUAGAUUUAAUCGCUAAAGUUCGCGGUUUAAUUAGUGCAGAGAAAUUUUUUGAGGAUCUGCCUGAUGAAAUGAGAAGCUGGCAAACUUGUUCAGCACUUUUACACUCUUAUAGUAAGUCUCAAGAUAUUGAUAAAGCCGAAGCUUUAAUGGAUAAAAUGCGCGAAUGUAGUUUCUUAAAGAACGCGUUGCCUUAUAAUCAUAUGAUCACUCUUUAUAUUUCUAAUGGAGAUUUUGAUAAGGUUAAAGUGGUAAUUAAGGAGUUAAUGAAAAAUACGAAGCCGGAUAUUGUAACUUUUAACUUGUGGUUGCGUGCUUGUGCUUCGCUGAAUGAUGUGGAGGCUGCGAAGAAAGUGUUUUUGGAGUUGAAGAAGUCGGAAGUAGAGCCGGAUUGGAUAACUUUUAGUACGUUAUGUAAUUUAUAUGUGAAAAACAAACUGCUUGAUGAUGCAGGUUCUGCUUUAAAAGAAAUGGAGAAACGGGCUUGGAGGAAAAAUCGACUUGCUUAUUCUUCGCUGAUUAGUUUGUAUACGAAUAUGGGGGAUAAGGAUGGGGUGAAUAGAAUUUGGAGUAAGAUGAAGUCUUUGUUUCGUAAAAUGAGUGAUGCGGAAUAUACUUGUAUGCUGGCUUCACUUGUGAAACUUGAAGAGAUUGAGAAGGCUGAGAGUCUUUAUACUGAGUGGGAGUCGGUUUCUGGAACUGGCGAUCCUCAGGUUGCUAAUAUACUGCUUGCAGCUUAUAUUAACCGAGACCAGAUAGAAGAAGCUGUAAAAUUUCACAAUCGCAUGGUGGAAAAAGGUGUCCGUACGUGUUAUACUACUUGGGAGCUUCUUACGUGGGGAAAUUUGAAAACAAAGCAGAGCGAAAAAGUGUUAGAUUACUUUAAAAAGGCGAUUAGUUGUGUUAAAACAUGGAAUCCGGAUAAAAAGUUGGUUAGAGAAGUGUUUAAGAUUUUGGAAGAGGAAGGGAAUGCAGAAGGAGCAGAAGAAUUUCUGGACGUGCUUAGGAAUGGCGGCUAUGUGAGUACGGAAGUUUAUAAUUCGGUUGUAAGGACAUAUGCGAAAGCAGGUAAAAUGCCCUUGAUUGUUGCGGAACGAAUGGAGAAAGAUAAUGUAGAGCUAGAUGAAGAAACACAUAGGCUAAUUAAAACAACGAGCAACAUGUGUGUGAGUGAAGUCUCUAAGUUUGUGGCUUGACCAAGCUGAAAAAGUUUACUGUCGGUGGAUUGGAAUACGAGGAAUUGGAGAUUGAGUUCCGACAUUACUUUUAUUCAGUUGGCUAUUUCCGGUAUGAGUAGAAAGUGAUGAAUGAAGUUAAUAUAAGACUUCAAUUGAAGAGUUUUGUUGAAUUCCAUGCUCAUUUGUGUGCCUGUCUUUCUGCGCAAAAUAAGAUAAAACUUCAAUUGGAGAUACAGUUCUGACUUUACACUUAUUCAGUUGGCUAUUCUGAAGCUAUUGCUAAUCGAGAGUGACCAAGUUUUUGUUGGUUGAAUUCUGGCAUAGUUGCAGCUCAGAAAGAAUUCUGGCAUGGUAAUUUCAACAUUCAACUAGAUUAUGCGCAGAUUUGAUAAUUUUCGGACUGAAUUCAUAUCAGAUGUCAGCUUGAAAUUUGAUAAAUUUAUGAUUUAGGUAACCAUAUCAACUAAAAUUUGAAGUGUAGUGAUCUUAAAUAACAACAUAAUGAUCAUUCAAUGAUUUUAAGCA